AAAAAAUAAAACUUCGAAGAAGGGGGAGUGUGAGGCUGGUUGGGGUUUUAGGGUUUUGUAGGAGCAUCACUGCGUCAGGUCGACAGCAGAAGGAAGGAGAAAAAUGAAAUCAGUGGUGGGGAUGGUGGUGUCUAACAAAAUGCAGAAGUCAGUGGUGGUAGCGGUGGACAGACUUUUCCACAACAAGGUCUACAAUCGCUACGCCAAGCGUACCUCCAAAUUCAUGGCCCACGAUGAGAAAAACCAAUGCAACAUCGGCGAUCGAGUUAAAUUGGAUCCUUCAAGACCAUUGAGCAAGCGUAAGCAUUGGGUUGUUGCUGAGAUUCUCAAGAAAGCUCGCAUUUAUACGCCUCCAUCUCGAUCAGCUGACCCUACUACAGAUUCAACUGUCAAACCGUCAUCAUCUCCACCCUCUUAGGUGGAACUCAAUUUGAGAUAGUUGAAAUACUCAGAAGGUUUUGAGUAACGUCUCUUCUCACGGACAGAUGGUUCAAAAUUAAUAUUUCUUCUUGUGUUUAUGAAUUUCCUUUACUCGUGGAUACAUGACUCUUUAAUUGAGAAAUACAAAUUUUGUUCUUCACCUUCUAUAAUUUCCUUUCAACCAUUGUUGUAUGCACUGAUCUCUAUGGUUACCGUCUCCCGUUGUUGUUUCUUUAUUAGAAUCUUAAAGCAUUAGUUCUCUGUUUAUGUCUUAAUAUGGGAAGUCGUCAUUAUUUUAUCCGAAAGAAAUCCUUAGUUCCCUUUUUCUGUCUUAAUAUGGGAAGUCAUUGUUAUUUUUCUUAGAAAGAAAUGUACACGUGACGGUAAAUUGAUUCGUUUCUUGCCAAUUGUUCUUUGCAUAUGGAAACUCCGUGGCUUUGGUACGUUGACAACAUGACAGUUUCUUCACUGCCACGUGCAGCUUGUAACAUAGCGUGCCACUGUCAUAGGAGUUCCACCUGCUAUCCUUAGCAUGAAAUUCACUCUAUGAGUGCUUUUAGUUUUCAUCAUUCCUAGCUAUGCUUUUAGUCUCUCUGGAAUUCCGCAGUCAUUCUGCCUCCGGUCAUGGAUUCGAGGCCAUCAUCUCCUCCAAAAUCUCCUAAUUCAAGCCUUCCUCAAAAAAGGGUCCGUAGAGAUAGAAAACCAAAGCCCUAUAGAGGUGUUAGAAUGAGGGCUUGGGGCAAAUGGGUGUCUGAAAUAAGGAUUCCAAAAACGGGAA